UGCUGCGCCUCAGUCAGCAGUCAGCCUGCCGGAGACAGAGCCUCCACGACUCCCAGCCUCCUCCUCGCCGCCGCCUCCUCCUCCUUCUCUCCUCCUCCUCCUCUUCCUCCUCCUCCCUCGCUCCCACAGCCAUGUCUGCUUAGACCGGAGCAGCUCCACAGCCACCUCGGGCAGCCGCCGCCGCCACCGCAGCCAGGACAGCCGCCACCGGGGAGCGAUGACAGGAGUGUUUGACAGAAGGGUCCCCAGCAUCCGAUCCGGCGACUUCCAAGCUCCGUUCCAGACGUCCGCAGCCAUGCACCAUCCGUCUCAGGAAUCGCCAACUUUGCCCGAGUCGUCGGCCACCGAUUCCGACUACUACAGCCCCGCGGGGGCAGCCCCGCACGGCUACUGCUCUCCUACCUCGGCUUCCUACGGCAAAGCGCUCAACCCCUACCAGUACCAGUACCCCGGCGGAAUUCUUCAGAGACCGACCACCUGGCCUUUCCCACCUUUGGGGGAGGGGCACGUGUCUCCGGGUCUAGCGAAGCCAAGGUGGUGGGUAGGAUGGGGAACCCGAGGGAAGCCUGCCUGGGAAGAAACCCCAGGACUGCAGUUGAGGGUUCUGCAAAAGCGCCAUUGUCUGCGGACAAGCUCUAACCGGUUCUGUUUUGCUUAUUUAGAGAAAGAAGUGGCCGAGCCCGAGGUGAGGAUGGUGAAUGGCAAACCAAAGAAAGUUCGUAAACCCAGGACUAUUUAUUCCAGCUUUCAGCUGGCUGCGUUACAGAGAAGGUUUCAGAAGACUCAGUACCUCGCCCUGCCCGAACGCGCCGAGCUGGCUGCCUCGCUGGGACUGACGCAAACGCAGGUGAAAAUCUGGUUUCAGAACAAAAGAUCCAAGAUCAAGAAGAUCAUGAAAAACGGGGAGAUGCCCCCGGAGCACAGCCCCAGCUCUAGCGACCCCAUGGCGUGUAACUCGCCGCAAUCUCCGGCGGUGUGGGAGCCUCAGGGCUCGUCGCGCUCGCUCAGCCACCACCCUCAUGCCCACCCUCCGACCUCCAACCAGUCCCCCGCGUCCAGCUACCUGGAGAACUCGGCUUCCUGGUACCCGAGCGCCGCCAGCUCGAUCAAUUCCCACCUGCCGCCGCCUGGCUCCUUACAGCACCCGCUGGCGCUGGCCUCCGGGACACUCUAUUAGACCAGCCGCUUUCUCUCGCCAUCUUUUUGGGGACUACUGUGUUUUGCUGUUUUAGAAAAUCAUAAAGAAAGGAAUUCAUAUGGGGAAGUUUGGAAACCGGAAACAAAAAAAAAGAUUCAUGUGUAAAGCUUUUUUUUUUUUUUGCAUGUAAGUUAUUGCAUUUCAAAGGACCCUGACCCCCUCCUUUUUUUACAGACACUUUUUUGCGCAACUGUGGACACUAUCAAUGGUGCCUUGAAAUCUAUGACCUCAACUUUUCAAAAGACUUUUUUCAAUGUUGUUUUAACCAUGUAAAUAAGUGUAGAUAGAGGAGUUAAACUGUAUAUUCUGGAUAAAUAAAAUUAUUUCGAUCAUGAAAGCAAAA